CGUUAAAACUAAGCGAGGCGCGGUGCGGGGCGGCCGGCAGGGCCUGGCGGCUCCGCGGGACAUGGGGCAGAAGCGGCGGAGCCCUGGAGCGGCGGAGCGGGGCUGCGCAACUGAGGGGACGGCGGGCGGCAGCGGCCGCGGGCGGCUGGCGGAGUCCUGGCGGCGGCUGAGCUCCCGGCGCGGCUCCUCCAAGCGCAGCGGAACCUCCGCGCCCGCGCCGCCGGCACAGAAAUCAUGGAUAGAAAGAGCUUUUUACAAGAGAGAAUGCGUUCAUAUCAUACCCAGCACCAAAGACCCCCAUAGGUGUUGCUGUGGGCGUCUAAUAGGUCAACAUGUUGGACUGACUCCGAGUAUCUCCGUUAUCCAAAAUGAGAAAAAUGAAAGCAGGCUUACUCGCAAUGACAUCCAGUCAGAGAAGUGGUCCAUCAGCAAGCACACUCAACUCAGCCCAACGGACGCUUUUGGAACCAUUGAGUUCCAAGGAGGAGGCCACUCCAAUAAAGCCAUGUAUGUACGUGUGUCUUUUGACACAAAGCCUGACCUUCUUCUGCACCUGAUGACCAAAGAGUGGCAGCUUGAGCUCCCAAAACUUCUCAUCUCUGUGCAUGGAGGCCUUCAGAACUUUGAACUUCAGCCAAAGCUCAAGCAAGUCUUUGGGAAGGGCCUCAUUAAGGCUGCUAUGACAACUGGAGCAUGGAUAUUCACUGGAGGAGUAAACACAGGAGUCAUUCGACAUGUUGGAGAUGCACUGAAAGAUCAUGCCUCAAAAUCCCGAGGGAAGAUCUGCACCAUUGGCAUAGCUCCCUGGGGGAUUGUGGAAAAUCAAGAGGAUCUGAUUGGCAAAGAUGUGGUCCGACCAUACCAGACAAUGUCCAAUCCUAUGAGUAAGUUGACAGUACUCAACAGUAUGCAUUCACAUUUCAUUUUGGCUGACAAUGGCACUACUGGCAAGUAUGGAGCAGAGGUGAAACUUCGUAGACAGCUGGAAAAGCACAUUUCACUUCAGAAGAUAAAUACACGAAUUGGUCAAGGGGUUCCAGUGGUGGCACUCAUUGUGGAAGGAGGUCCCAAUGUUAUCUCUAUCGUUCUGGAGUACCUGCGAGACACUCCUCCUGUUCCUGUUGUGAUAUGUGAUGGCAGCGGUCGAGCAUCUGACAUACUUGCCUUUGGUCACAAAUACUCUGAAGAAGGAGGACUUAUCAAUGAGUCUUUGCGGGACCAGUUGCUAGUUACCAUCCAGAAGACUUUCACAUACACUCGAACACAGGCACAGCACCUCUUCAUUAUCCUCAUGGAGUGCAUGAAGAAGAAGGAGCUGAUCACAGUAUUUCGCAUGGGAUCAGAAGGACACCAGGAUAUUGAUUUAGCUAUCCUGACAGCAUUACUAAAAGGAGCUAACGCAUCUGCUCCCGACCAGCUGAGCCUGGCUUUAGCCUGGAACAGAGUGGACAUCGCUCGCAGUCAAAUCUUUAUUUACGGGCAGCAGUGGCCGGUGGGCUCCCUUGAGCAAGCAAUGCUGGAUGCACUGGUUUUGGACAGAGUGGAUUUUGUGAAAUUACUCAUAGAAAAUGGAGUAAGCAUGCAUCGUUUUCUCACCAUCUCCCGACUAGAGGAAUUGUACAAUACGAGACAUGGACCAUCCAACACUCUAUAUCAUCUAGUCAGGGAUGUCAAAAAGGGAAAUUUACCUCCUGAUUAUCGAAUAAGCCUGAUUGAUAUUGGUUUGGUGAUAGAGUACCUGAUGGGAGGAGCAUAUCGCUGCAAUUAUACCCGAAAGCGGUUCAGAACACUGUACCACAAUUUGUUUGGGCCCAAGAGGCCAAAAGCCCUGAAACUGUUGGGAAUGGAGGACGAUGUCCCUUUACGACGAGGGAGGAAAACAACUAAGAAAAGAGAAGAAGAAGUUGAUAUUGAUUUGGAUGACCCUGAGAUAAAUCAUUUUCCCUUUCCAUUCCAUGAGCUGAUGGUGUGGGCUGUGCUUAUGAAGCGCCAGAAGAUGGCCCUCUUCUUUUGGCAGCAUGGAGAGGAGGCUAUGGCUAAAGCACUGGUGGCCUGCAAACUCUGCAAAGCCAUGGCCCAUGAAGCAUCAGAAAAUGACAUGGUGGAUGACAUAUCCCAAGAGCUGAACCAUAAUUCCAGGGACUUUGGCCAAUUGGCAGUGGAGCUGUUGGACCAGUCAUACAAACAGGACGAGCAACUGGCAAUGAAACUGCUGACCUACGAGCUGAAGAACUGGAGCAAUGCCACAUGCCUGCAGCUCGCAGUGGCAGCCAAGCACAGGGACUUCAUUGCUCACACUUGCAGCCAAAUGCUGCUCACAGACAUGUGGAUGGGCCGUCUCCGGAUGCGCAAAAAUUCUGGCCUAAAGGUAAUUCUAGGAAUUCUACUUCCUCCUUCAAUCCUCAGCUUGGAGUUCAAGAACAAAGACGAUAUGCCUUACAUGUCUCAGGCCAAUGAGAUCCAUCUUCAGGAGAAAGAGCCAGAGGAACCAGAAAAGCCAGCGAAAGAAAAAGAGGAAGAGGACAUGGAACUCACAGCAAACAGCAGGAGCUGCCCCCAGGAGCCCGUCUGCAGGCAGGCAGAAGGACCUGCCUACAAGACCCAGUAUGCAGGCAAGCUGAAGGAGCAGCCCACAAGACCCACCUACAGGACCCGUUUGCAGGCAAUGCUGGGACGAGGGAAUGGAGAGCCCUCAAGAAAGAAAGAAGAAGAGGAAGUACAGAGCAGGCACAGACUGAUUCCUGUUGGAAGAAAGAUUUAUGAGUUCUACAAUGCUCCUAUUGUUAAAUUUUGGUUUUACACACUGGCAUAUAUAGGCUACUUAAUGCUGUUCAAUUACAUAGUGUUAGUGAAGAUGGAUCGCUGGCCAUCCACACAGGAAUGGAUUGUCAUCUCAUACAUUUUCACUCUGGGAAUAGAGAAGAUGAGAGAGAUACUGAUGUCAGAGCCUGGAAAACUGUUACAAAAAGUUAAAGUUUGGCUCCAGGAGUACUGGAAUGUUACAGAUCUCAUAGCUAUCCUCCUGUUCUCUGUCGGGAUGGUCCUCCGUUUGCAAGAUCUGCCACUUCGGAGCGAUGGCCGGGUCAUAUACUGUGUGAAUAUCAUUUACUGGUACAUACGGUUACUAGACAUCUUCGGAGUAAACAAGUAUUUGGGACCAUAUGUUAUGAUGAUUGGAAAAAUGAUGAUAGAUAUGAUGUAUUUUGUCAUCAUCAUGUUGGUGGUUCUGAUGAGCUUCGGUGUCGCAAGACAAGCUAUUCUCUUCCCCAAUGAGGAGCCUUCAUGGAAGCUGGCAAAAAACAUUUUUUACAUGCCUUAUUGGAUGAUCUAUGGGGAAGUGUUUGCAGACCAGAUAGACCCUCCUUGUGGUCAAAAUGAAACUAGAGAAGAUGGCAAAAUAAUCCAGCUGCCCCCUUGCAAGACAGGAGCAUGGAUCGUUCCUGCCAUCAUGGCCUGUUACCUCUUGGUUGCAAACAUCCUUUUGGUGAACCUUCUGAUUGCUGUUUUCAACAAUACAUUUUUUGAAGUCAAAUCCAUAUCCAACCAAGUAUGGAAAUUUCAAAGGUAUCAGCUAAUCAUGACAUUUCAUGAAAGGCCAGUUCUCCCACCACCUCUGAUCAUUUUCAGCCAUAUGACUAUGAUAUUCCAACAUGUCUGCUGUAGAUGGCGGAAACACGAAAGCGACCCAGAUGAGAGAGACUACGGAUUAAAACUUUUCAUAACUGAGGAUGAAUUGAAAAAAGUCCAUGAUUUUGAAGAGCAGUGCAUAGAAGAAUAUUUCAGAGAGAAGGAUGACAGAUUCAAUUCUUCCAACGAUGAAAGAAUCCGUGUCACUUCAGAAAGGGUGGAGAAUAUGGCCAUGCGACUGGAAGAAGUAAAUGAGCGAGAGCACUGCAUGAAGGCCUCUCUGCAGACCGUUGACAUCAGACUUGCUCAGCUGGAAGAUAUGAUAGGACGAAUGGUGACAGCAUUAGAAAAACUGACUGGCAUAGAGAGAGGUGAGACAACCAAGAUACGAUCCAGGACUUCAUCCGACUGUACUGAUGCAGCCUACAUUGUGAGGCAGAGUAGCUUCAAUAGUCAGGAAGGAAAUACUUACAAGCUGCAAGAGAGCAUAGAUCCUACAGGAGAGGAGUCCAUGUCCCCAACCUCUCCUACAAUUACACCUCGCAUGCGAAGCCACUCUUUCUAUGCAACAAAUAUGAAGGACAAGUGUGGGUUGGAAAAGUUUGAAAGCAUUUUCAAGGAAAGAUCUCCAAGCCUGCACCGGGCUAGCAGUUCCCACUCAAUAGCAAAAGAAGGAAAGGUUCCCUUACCCCCUACCAGCACUUUGUCAAUUGUCCCAGACUCCAGAAGGCCUUCGUCUUGUAUAGACAUCUACGUUUCUGCAAUGGAUGAGAUGCAUUCUGACACAGAGCCUCUUGAUAGCUCCAUAAAUAUUCUUGGUACUGGAGAUGUAGCCCUGCAGGCACACAUAGCCUCUUCCAUUUUAGCCAACAGUGCAUAUAUUAGCAGUACACCUGGUGAAAAAAUUUCUGGCAGGAGUCUUGAUUACGAGGAAACAUCCGGAAUAGAAACAAGAGCAUUUUCUUCAGACUAUUCACAAAUCACAGACUGCCAAAUAACCUGGGAUUCAGACCCUCCCUUGUACCACACUUUAGAGCGAUCUAAAAGCAGCCGUUAUCUGGCUACAACUCCAUUUAUUCUGGAGGAAACACCAAUUGUGAAAUCUCACAGUUUUAUGUUCUCUCCAUCUCGAAGCUACUUCAGCAGCCUUGGCGUCCCAGUCAAAACAGCAGAAUACACAAGUAUUACAGACUGCAUAGACACAAGGUGCGUGAGUGCUCCCCAGACCGUUGCAGAGAGGGCCAGUUUCCCUGGAAGUCUUGGCAUCAAGGUGGAAGACUUGGGAUGCUGCCACCCAGAGAGAGAAGCAGAAUUAAGCCACCCAAGCUCCGAUCAUGAGGAUACUGAGGCCAAGGACAAGAAGGGGAUUCCCUCAUCUCCUCAAGACAGUAGUGCCACAAGAACUCUGACCAACAGCAUCCCAAUUCCAAAAAUAGAGAGGGCUAACAGCUACUCUGCAGAAGAGUCCAACAUGCUGUAUGCACAGCACACACGGAAGAGCUACUCAAUCAGUGAUAAACUUGACAGACAGCGAAAUGCAACAAGCCUGCGAAACCCCUUCCAGAGGAGUAAGUCCUCAAGGCCAGAGAGCAGAGGGGACAGCCUGUCCAUGAGGAGACUAUCAAGAACAGGAGCGUUCCGCAGCUUUGAAAGCAAGCACAGCUAGGCCUAGACAAAUCUUGCAGGCAGUCAAAAGGUCAUCAGCUCUCCAGUCCAUUUUCCUUAGCAAAAUUACCACACCUCAUAUCAUUCCAUGUCAACUCCAGUCGGCAUUAGCCACCGGUCAAGGGAAUAUGUUGUCAGUCUCAGCAUCAACCUGCUGAGUUACUGCAUCUUGACCCAGUUGACAUUUGCACAUAAGGAAAAAGGGAGGGAUGAAAGAUUUACAGAGACUUCAGUAAAUGACAGGAAUAAAAAGACCCCUACAGAAAGUUAUGAGUAAUAACUGAGUUAAGAAAUCUGCCUUCUAUUAGAAGGCAUCCUAAGAUCUCUUAUCCACAAGUUCUUAGAACAUAGUAAUUAACCUGCAAAAAAAGAGAUGUACAGAUUAGAUGUCCUAAACUUCGAUCAUAACUUCUUUUUCAUCUGUUUCACCAUUGUGAUGACUGGUGAAAAGCAAUUGUUAUUUCUCUGGGGGCUGGUGGCAAACAAAACUAAAGUCUCCCAAAUACCUUGCAACCUACACUUGUGUAAAUGAAGAUGGAGAAGAUAAAUCAUAAAGUUCACUUGUCUCUUUUUGUAUCAAAUUCCAGUGCCACACAAAAAAAAAGUUUAUAUUUUCAAAAGCAGAAAGGGAACAGAAAUGCCUUUUGUACUGCAUCAUAAAUGGAGGAAGAAUUUGUGUUGAAGUAUCAGGUGAUUUCCUGAUAAAACAGGCAUUCUGGAGUCUAGCACAGCUGAGCAAGCUCAGGAUGAAUGUAAUUAAGCGGAAUAGUAUACAUUUAUUUUUUUACAACAUUUGUGAUCAAUAUGUUGCCUCACUAAAUCAAAGGAUGUGAUAGAGCAGUAAGAACAGGAUGAUCAGAGCAGAGUGCAGUAAUAUUGUCAGGUUCUCACUGCUCUGUUUAAUUGAUUACUCUAACUGGGGAGGCUUACCCACAGGGUUGCCACCAGGCUCUUCUUGCUGUUCCAUUUGAGCUGCCAAUUUUUCACAUCAUUCCCUCUCCUAAAAGUAUGCCUUUUUUUCUUUUUUAAUGAAGACAUGGCUGUAUUUGAACAUUUCAAACUAUAUAAGGUUUAUCAAGAUCUAUCUGGUCUGAAUCCAGAUUAACGAAAUUAGACUGAAGUUACUUAAAGGAAAACAUCAUUGGCGGAAUACUGGAAAACACUGACAAAUAUACAUACUUCUAAGGUAAGUUAAAGAAUCAAAGUGAAAAUAGAGUUGUCUUGUAACAGCAAAAGCCAUCAGAUGCAAGUGUACCUCUACCAUUCAGCAACAUAUUACAGAAAAUACAUUUUAGUAGAAUAAAAUACAUCUGAUCCAUAGUGUACUUACGGUGUUUGGUUGAAGGCAAUAGAAACUCCACUGACUCUACCUUAUUUCAAAAGGUCCACAGUAUGAACAGGAUUUUCAAAAGUAUUAUGGCAAGAUAUCACAGCGGUCAGAGGGGAAAGGGUACACAGGAGGUAGAACAGCAACUGGACCAAAAUUUCACAUCCUUUAUGAAGGGACAGCGUUUAAGCUUGGAAAGAAUUGAAGUCAGUGCUAUUAAAAUUAGGACAUCUCUAUGAUGACCAAAACCUGUGUAGAAUCAAGUCCUUUUUGUUAUAAAAUAAGAGUACAUGCAAGUAGGGUACAUGCUUCCCAUUUAUUCAAAUGGGAAUUAUCUUCCAAAUCUCUAAGGCAGCUUUAAAAAUGUAGGCUGACGUUUUCUCACUGGGAUCUCACCCUGGGAGACCCUAAGGACCAUGUGAGAGUUAGGUCUGAAAGGCAACAAAUCCAGACAUAAAAAAUAAUCAUCCAGCUUGAGACAAGAGGCAAAGAAGAUGAAAACCUUACUGGUACUACAUACUGAGUCACUACGUUGGAAAGAUUGUGAAAUAAAGAAAUGCAACAUGGAGAUGCUAAGCACAAUGUGUUUCAUACUUCCUGCACCAAUGCGUUUCUUUCUUUAUUCUGUUUGACCAAGCUUUCAAUGAGCUUAACUCCACCAAGACACCAUGUUUAUGCAAUUGCCUUGCAGUCCAUGUGCAGCAUUAUGAUCACAUGGCAACACCAAGAAAGGUCAGAAACUUUUCUGUGCAUUAUGAAGCAUGCUUGUGACAGGCUGAUUGUUGAACAACAGCAAAAAGCCCAGGGACAAAGGAACUUGUGUUUAACAAUCUGCUUCAAAUGUGCCAACUUUUGUUAGCAGCCUUUCACUAAGGUUUCUCCAAAUCUAUUUGUCCUUGAUGAGUAUAGGGGGAUCUUCUCGCUCUGUUUUCUUUGUUACUUUUACGAAUGUCUUCUAAAAAAAUUUGUGGACUCUUCCACCUCUACUGUAUGAUUGGCCUACUCUAGAGGAACUUCAAAUUCAUUAGAAAUUUGUCAACAGUGAUUAGUAAAUUAGUUCAAAGGAUAGGAGUCUCCUCUGGGGUAGAUUUCAUUGCUUAGUUAGUCAGGGUAAAGGAAUUUGCCAAACCCAGAAGCUGUAUAAAUAUUUAAAAUACAGCACUUUAUUGAUCUGGAGCACACAUUCCAGGUAAAAAGGAAACAGGACACUUUAUUUACCUCUUAAAAUUUGCCAUUAUAUAUAAAAUGUAAAUUCAGAUGUUAAAAGUGUGAUUGCAAGAUGUCAGAAGACUACUUUUCCUGAAUGUCUCCCAUUUAUUCUACAGUGUGGUGUCUAUAGAAAAUAAUAUGAUGGAUGUUAGGUUAUUUCAUCUUCACCUGCUUUUGACACAUUGCAUCAAAUGGCUUCUUUCUCAGUAAAUGGUAGAACACCCAUUCCUGGCAAUGGGACCAGAUUUCCCACUUCCAAUGUUACUAUGAUCAUUUAGUGAGAGUAAAAGUCUUAUCAUCCAUCAUGCCAUGUACCUAUAGCAUGUGCCAUAUGACAUAUUUUGUAUCAGAGGCUAGGGCUUAUGAAAUAUAUAUCUACACAUAUAUACAUAUCGCCCAUGUGUAAACCAGUAUAGUUGUGACAUGUGAUAAUAUUAGUGAACGUUACAGGACAAUUUUACUAUCACGUUAUAAGGUCUUGUUUGUAAAUCUGUAACAUUCAAUAAACUAGCACAUGUUGCAUCAAGCAUUAAGUUCCACUUUCCAAUUAUUAGCAUACAUAUGGAAUAUACAUUUCUGAUCACGGUGUGUAAGUUUGGUGUGUUUCACACAUUUUUCUGUAUAGCUCCACUUAAGUGUCCGUAUGAGCUGCUGUAUAAACCUCUAAUGAGCCACUGUGGGCUGUGACAGGUGAGUUGUGGUAGCGUGAAAGAUGAACUGGCAUGUUAUGCAAAAGAUUAUAAGAUAAAUGAACUAAUAAUAUUUUGAAACUCAACUGAAUUUAGCUGUUUGUUUACAUACGCUGGCCAACUGAGGAAGCAGUGUACAGUAUUUUAUAAAUAUUUUCCUAUAGUAAUCUGUUCUGUUGUUUCCAGUUUAAGUGAUGCUAUUCUACAGUUGGGGUAUACACUUGUCCUAGGUAUUGGAUAAUAGCACAUUAUUCUUUCACUAUAACCUUGUGGUAUGACUGGAAUAGUUUCUCUUCCUUACAGUCCAGUCUUUUUUUGUGUCGAUGAAAAUGCAUGCAUUGUUCCAUGAGUUUCUUUGGACUGCUAUGAAACUUAGCAUUUUGCUAUUGCCUGCCUGUAAAGAUGAAUCCAGUUAGGAACGAAUCCAAACUUUUGGAUGUUUACAUUAUUUCCAUUAUGUUUGAUCUUUAGCAAAGUAGGUGAUUUUUUUAUUAUUUUUAAAUGACAGUUGUAUUUUAUGAAAUUGAAAUAUUCAACGUAAAAUGCGAACCUACAGCAGUCCUCAGACAUUUGGCUCUCUCUUUUUUGGAAGAGAUAAGGUGCUACAUUAUUGUUCUUAGCACAAGUGCCAGUUAAUAAAUGGCAGUGUGGGGAUAAUUUAAAAAUAUAAUGAACACCCAAAAUAUCCAUUCAUGCACAUAAGGAAAGCCCACUGGGUUCCAGAUAUAGAUUGCUUGUUUUCAUUUUCCAUUUACAGAUUUUUGGUAAAAAAAAAAAAAAAAAAAAGAUUUGUACUUUUGUGGAAUGGAUAACCUUUUGUCAGGGGAUAAAUAUCUUAGUUAGGUAUAUUUUUUGUAAGAAAAGAAAAAUGAUUUGUUUCUUAGAAACUGUCAGCACAUGGAAAAUGCAACUACAAAAAUAACUGCUCAAAAACAGUGCUGGUAGCAGCACGCAGCCUUAGUCCAAUGACUGCAGUCGGAGCAAACGAGUAUCUCAGUUCUGAGAGCAGAAGUUGUCAAAGGUAUGAGCUUGGAGUGAGCCAGUGAAACAAAAUUCUCAAUAAACUCAUGGUGCAAAUUUUAAGAACAAGCAUAAAUGUCUUGUUAAGUUGCUCAGGUUGUACACUUAAGAGGAUUUAAUAAUCACCAGAAGGGAAGAUGUGAGCUUGUCAUUCCUGGAUUUCCCUAGGAACACUUAGGUAUUUGUGAGUCUUUCCCCUGCUUAAAAUAAUGGUAUAUUUGCGUGUUUGCGUAAGUAGGCACAGAUGUUAAAAAAAAAAAAAAAAAGGCCACGUUUUCAGUGCUGUUAAAAGAUACUAUGUUUAGAUCACUUACUCCAAAAGAAAUAGGAAAGCUUCCUAGCAUUAUUUUUCCCUCACCUACUUCAAACAACAGCAUCGCCCAAACUGGGCAAAAGUAAAGCACUGGGGCAUCUGCUUAUCUAAUGAAAAGCUUUGUUCCUCUAGAUGGUGUUCACUGGCCUUGCCACACUUUUGCGUAAAGGCAGAAGUGUUGAAUGAAUGUGGGGGGACCAACUUUCUGCACCUCAGUGAGAGCUGUGCAGCUGUGUAACUAAUCACAGUGUACUGACGGCAGUUAUGGUCUUAUCACUGCUGGUGCAAAUCUGCAGAGAAGAAAAAACAGUGAUUUCAAAGGAGUUACUCUGACUUUUGUCAGGGAAUGGAUUAAUUCUGCUUUUCUAUCUCUAUAUUACUUUGAGUCAUGACACAACUUGUCCUAAAUCAUCAUCAAGUGGGCAGUCUCGUGACUGAGCCAGACUGGUUGUGAAAGUCUCUGACCUUUUAAUUUUUGCUGUAUGCUUUCAGAUCUGUCAUAGAGCCACAGAGUACUUAUUUCUAAAAAAUUAUUAGGAAAAAAAUGUUUGAUUAUGAAAUUGCUGCUGUUUCUGCUGCAGGGAAGUGAUAACUCUUGUUUAUUUUACUAUUUGGUAGGGAGGGAGAGGGAACAGAAGUGGGAAUUGGCUGUGAAAAACAAUUUUAUGCCUUCACAAGAGUAAAUUGUAUUAAAGUUAUAUUCUUCCACCACUGCAGUUCUUGUACAUGAGGAGAGUCUAUAUGCUGCUACUGCUGUCUGGAACAGUGUUUGCAAUAUACUAUACUAAUAGCUAUUUAAUCAUUUAUUAUUUGGGUUAUCAUUUGUAAGUGUAUAACAAUCAUUUAUAAAGGGAGAAAAGUUAUUAAAACGUCAUUUUAAAUAAAUUCCUACUAAUAUGAAGCUUUUCAAGUAUGAUUUGUCUAAAUGUAUAUCACUAGGGAAAAUGGUACUUUCCAAAGGUCUACUGGAUUCACAAUGCACUUUUAGACUGUGUUUAGAUAUGUAAUAAAAAGCAGAAGUUGGCAAUUACUACAGUAGAACUUUCUGAGAUUUCUGUAACAGUUGUUUUGCAAUA